AUGAUGAAAGCUCGUUUCAAUGGUAGUGGCGGUGGUCCAAAGCCUGGAGAGAUACGUCAAGUCAUGCAAGGAGACCACGAUGUCCGUAUAUCCUACUGGAAGGCUUGGCGUUCAAGGGAAAUUGCUUUGGAAUAUGCCAAAGGAUACUCAGGAGGCUCUUACAAUCUACUUCCUGAUUACCUCCGUAAACUAUCAGAAGCAAACCCUGGAACCUUAGCCGAUAUUAAAACUAAAUACAAGGACAAUAUAGGAAACAUGUUUAAAUACAUGUUUCUAGCUAUGGGUGCUUCUAUUAUGGGAUUUGAGUACAUGAGAAAAGUUGUAGUUGUCGAUGGAACCCAUUUGAGAGGAAAAUAUGCUGGGUGUCUUCUAACUGCUUCUGCCCAAGACGGCAAUUACCAAGUGUUUCCACUAGCCAUUGCUAUCAUCGACGGAGAAAACGAUAACUCGUGGGAGUGGUUCUUCAAAAAGUUACAAGCAUUCGUUCCAAAUACAAAAAAUAUAGUGUUUGUAUCUGAUAGAUAUGCAUCCAUCUAUUACGAAUUGGCCAAGUUUUAUCCUGAAGCGAAACACUGUGCAUGCAUCCUUCAUUUAAAGAGAAAUAUCAGGACUUAUUACAGAGAUAAGAAUCUAGGAUUCUUGGUUGCAAAGGCUGGAAGGGCAUAUAGGUUGGCUGACUUCUACAAGAUUUUCAAUGAGAUAAAACGUGUCAAUGCCUCUUGUGCAGAUUAUCUAAUUGGAAUAGGAUUUGAGCAUUGGGUGCGUUCCCAUUUCCCCGGACGUCGUUUCAAUAUUAUAACGAGUAACGUUGCGGAAUCAUGGAAUGCAGUGCUUCGUGAGGCUAGAGAAUACCCUAUAUUGGCCCUUGUAGAAUUUAUUAGAGCAAAGCUAAUGUCUUGGUUUUCUGCUAGGGGUUCAACAAUCUCAGAAAGUUUAGACAAAUUCACACCGAAAGUAAUGGAAAUUCUCGCUGUUAAUUUCGAGUCUUCGGCAGCAGCAGCCAUCGUAGCCAAGAUAAAAGUCGAUUCAUUGGUAGCUGAAGAGUACACCAAGAAUGCAACGGUUGCUGCGUAUGUGGGUAGUGUCGCUCCAGUGAUUGAUACCGAUGAUAUCAUAGAACUCACUGGUCAAUUUUCCGAGUUAGAUAUGCUUCCUCCGUCUACCAGGCGUCCCCCUGGCCGUCCACGCAAGAAAUGUUUCCUUUCUCAUGGCGAAGUUCGUAUGAAGACACCAAGAAGACGAACUGUAUGUAGUCGUUUCAAAAGUUGUGGUCACAAUUGUGCAACGUGCAAAACCCCUAUCAGUUAA